CUCGGACCUGGCUGCGAAGGAAGAGGUCCCGAACGAUUGAUGCCCUUCGAUCAAGACGAUUCCCCGUCUCGACCACCCAUUCAUCGAUUAGUCAAGCAAGUGCUUGUCUGUGACCGACUGUUCCUCUUCAUGUAUAGAUAGCGCUUAUCAAUCAUGUCUCAAACAAUAGGCAAGACCCGUCUUGCCUACUCUCGCACAUGGCACCACAUCGAUGUCGGCAGUGACACUCGCUCACUAGGACGACUCGCUACCUCGAUCGCUGUCUUUCUCAUGGGCAAACACAAACCGAUUUGGGAUCCUUCCACCGAUUGCGGCGACUACGUGGUGGCUACGGGAUGCCACAAUAUCCAUGUUACGGGGAAAAAGAGACUACAAAAGCAAUACUACACCCACAACACGCGUCCUGGCAGCCUCAAGCAGAUGAGUAUGGAUCGGAUGAUCGAGAAAUGGGGCGGAGGCGAGGUAUUGAAGCGAGCCGUGCGAGGGAUGCUUCCCAAGAACCGGCUACGGGACAAGAGGCUUGCCCGAUUAAAAGUCUUCGAAGGCUCAGCACACCCUUACAAGCCGAACAUUGUCAAAUUCGCUGGCAAACCUCAUUCGUCCGGACCGGUCACGCAGGCAAUCGAAGCCUCCAAAGCGUCUGCGAGCGUUUCAUGAAACCUUUUUCUUUACUGCACUGGCGUCGGAAGCGGAAACCACUCAAUCGCGGAGUUGAGCAAGGAAGAAAUGUAUAAAAACUACCAUUUGGGUGUAUAUCUACAAAAAAGAUGUUAGAUGGACAUUAAUCCGAGAACUCCAGCAAAGAUCAUAACCCCCUCCUACAUCCGCUGACCUCGCCAAAAAAUCAUCGUGUCACGGUACAUUUGAUCAGACCAUUGGGGUCCGUUUGAGGCGCAUACACUUCGGCAUCCUUGCCAGUGUUCUUGAGACCAUUAUGCCAGCUCAGAUCGAUUUCGAAAUAAUGUUUGUUCGGCAGAGAAUAGUCGACGGCCUGGACGCGCGGUUGCGCAGCCAGGAUCUGCUCGCACAUUUUGUACAUUGUGUUUUGGACGCUGGGGCUCUCUUCGAGGGCGAAGAGACGGAAAGUGAUAUCUCUGGCUUUGGACCAGGUAUCGUCAAAGAGGGCUACGUCCUUUUUGACAGCAUUGAGGUCACCGAACGUGAACCACUUCCAGCCGGCGUCGACCGAGGUACUAAGGAUACGGUCAUAUACCUCGGGCAGGGUGGUGAACUCGUCGCGGAUGAAAUGAUGGAACUCGGAGCCCGUGCUUUUUAGGACCAAAAGGUCGGAAAUGCCAGACCUGAUUUCAAUUCCUUUGCCUUCAAUGAUAUCCGCUGUGACCAGUCUCUUUUCCUCGCCGUCGCGGUAGAAUGAGUGCGGGUGCGGUUUCCCGUCGACGGUCAUUCGGGUCCAUCGGUGCUGGAUGAUGUCGAUAUGUGCGGUGUGGAUGUGCUUGUAUUUCUCGACGAAGUGAGUCCCCAAAAUGGAUGCGAAUAGUUCCGGAGGAUGCACCGGGUGCUGCUUGGCCAUGAUGUAGGUUGUGUUCUUCAUUGAGUCGGUUGCGACGACUACGCUGUUGUCUGCUUGGGUGUAUCUGUAGACGAAUUGUCAGUUUGUACUAGGAGGAGGAGUAGUGAUAAUGGUGGUGGUGGUGGUGGUGGUGGUGCUCUUCUGGCUUACGAUGUCUCAAUAUCCCCCUCCAGCAACACGCGCACCGUCAUCUCGUACACAGUGUGCGUUUUGGUAGCUUCGUCCUUUUCCACUUUGUAUAGUCGGAUGUUGUCCUUGCCAUAACGGGCCG